AUGCAGUGUCCACAGCAACGCGAGGCCGUUCUCUCCUUUCCCUCUUUCAAGGAACAUCGAACAAGCAUCGACCAAAGAGUAGUCAAGGCCAAUCUCACGCUGCCGACACCACUGCCGCCGCCCGUGUGGGCUUCCCUCCCGUCGCCUCCAAUGUCAGGCUCGCCUCCUUCCGAAGACCCUCCUAGUCCUCGUCAAAUUGCUGGACGCCGUCGAAAGAGAUCCGAGUCCUUGCCACCAGUGACGUCUGCUGCAACGUCAUAUCCACCACCAUUACCGCCGCCUUAUGUGACGCCUCGGCCUCCUCAGGCAGAGUAUACUGGCUACGCAGGUACACAAGCUCCCAGUGCCGUCUUACCUUAUCCUCCGCCGCAGCACAUGGCAUACGGGGCGGGUCCUACGGUUGUGGCGCCACCUCCCAGCCCGACGAGCCAGCAGUUCUCGAGCGGACAGAUUUCACCGCGGACGACACGUAAGAACAAAGCUCACGUUGCGUCAGCAUGUAUCAAUUGCAAGAAGAAGCAUUUGCGGUGCGACAACGCAAGGCCUUGUCGGAGAUGUGUACAAAGUGGCAAGGAGGAUACGUGCGAGGACGUAGUUCACAAGAAGCGAGGCAGACCGCCUCUGCGACCAGAAGACCCAUCCAUGCGUCGGUCAUUGGACUCCUCCAUGCUCACAGACCCGGCACGACGUAUGCAAACCACGGAUCCGGCGAGUUAUGCUUCAGGAGGCAGUAAUCCGCGCUCGUUCCGCCCUCUACAGGCUCAUCCAACGUACGAUCCAACGCGAUCUCAGUUUCAGCCUGGCCAACCAUAUGGCUUGUAUGCGGCACCUUCCAUUGGCCCAAGUACGGCAACUGCGAUGGGUCAAUUUGUGCAGUCGAGAAACUACCCACCCUCCUCAUACGCGCCUGCACCGCCUCUGUACGCAGCGCCCGGUCCAUCGGCGAGGGCGAUCGCACCUUACCCUUCCAAUUAUGGCUACUCAAAUGAGCCUUUAAGAGCAGCGCCACCUACGGGAUACCCAGGAGCUCUUUUCCCACGUACGCAGUAUCCUCCGCCUCCGCCGCACGGCCCAGCAGCAUCAGCAGGUGGCUCUCCCAGUCUUCAGUUACCUCCGAUCAGACCAACGAGCGAUCGUCCCUCGGUCGAUCCGUCUCUGGCGGGUUCAGCGGACGUGCGCACGCAGCAAUACCCGCCUGAGUCUUCAAGAGGAGGAACAGGGACUACGAGGCAGCCAGACCCCAAGCGACCGAAGAUGGACAUCCAGGGGAUCCUAGGUCCGCGACACGAUUGA